AUGUUCGGUGAUAUCAGCUCCCCAUCCGGCUUUCGACAUGUGCAACAUGUGGGUUAUAAUCGUGAAGAAGCGAAAUUCGACAUCUCUGCUGAAGAUUGCGAAGUUCUGCGCGAGAUUUUGCGUGCAAUCGGCAAAGAGGAUCGAAUGGAGAAUUCCGGCGAACGAAAAUUUGUAUAUCAAUAUUUGAAACAGCACGGUGGUCUGAGUGAAGCUCAAAGACAGGCGCAAACAUUUCAAAGAAACUCCAUAAGCUCAUCUGGCGUUCAACCAACACGAGGACCCGCGCCGGCUGCCCCACGUCGUAUGCCUCCUCCUCCACCGACAUCGCAUCCACCACCUCCACCAGUACCUAGUCAACGUCCACCAGUACCUCCACCUCCAACUUUACCUAGCACUGGAGGUCGAAUACCUCCACCUCCACCACCACCACCACCGCCACCACCCCCACCACCACCGCCACCCACACUCGCUCCGUCUUCAGGUGGAGGAUCAAUACCUCCCCCUCCGCCCAUCAUACCAUCAGCUCCAGCAGCAAGUACUCCGGUGACUGCAAAUGAAACCACUGCCAGUAUAAAACCACCGGCACCAGCGAUCGGAGUGGAUUUACAAUCACAAAUUAUGUCUUUUUCUAAGUCUAAUCUGCGCAAAGUAACUCCGGGUGAAGGUGUCAGCGGACGUCCAGUUCCACCAGCACCUGCUGCACCAGCUAGUAACCCCGCUACCGGUACUUGUGAUCUCUUACGAUCUUUGGCGACCGCGUUGGACAUGCGUCGUGCUCAUAUGGGAGCGGAGGAAAGCGAUGCAGAUUCCGAUCACAACUCCGAAAAUGGUGGUAGCGAUGAUGACUGGGAGACGUAA